AGAGAAAAAAAAAUUUGGAAGCUUCCAACAACACCGGGCAAGACACUGAGGAAACCAACGACUCGCACCUUCCGUUUCUUCCCUCCUGUCGCAAAGAAGCACCUGCCGCGCUUCACCCGGUAUAUCACACAAUUUCCAAAAGGGAAACUACAUUCCGUUCACAAUGUCCAAGGACGUCGCGGUCGUCAAGAAGACGACAACAGAGGAGGAGGAGUACACCAUCAAGCCCCAGGCGACCACUCCUUCUCUCGACACCAGCCAGUGGCCUCUGCUGCUCAAGAACUACGACAAGCUUCUUGUCCGAACAGGCCACUUCACUCCCAUCCCCAACGGCUGCUCUCCUCUGAAGCGCGAUCUUAAGCAAUACAUCAGCUCUGGUGUCAUCAACCUCGACAAGCCCUCUAACCCUUCUUCUCACGAGGUCGUCGCUUGGGUCAAGCGCAUUCUACGAUGCGAAAAGACUGGACACAGUGGUACCCUCGAUCCCAAGGUCACUGGUUGUUUGAUCGUUUGCAUUGACCGCGCCACUCGUCUUGUCAAGUCCCAGCAGGGUGCCGGAAAGGAGUAUGUGGCUGUCAUCCGCCUUCACGACAAGCUGCCCGGCGGUCAGGCCCAGUUCGCCCGCGCUCUCGAGACCCUUACCGGUGCGCUCUUCCAGCGCCCCCCUCUGAUCUCUGCCGUCAAGCGUCAGCUCCGUAUCCGAACCAUUCACGAGAGCAAGCUUAUCGAGUUCGACAACGACCGACACCUCGGUGUCUUCUGGGUCAGCUGCGAGGCUGGUACUUAUAUCCGAACCCUCUGUGUCCACUUGGGUCUCCUUCUCGGUGUCGGUGGCCACAUGCAGGAGCUUCGACGUGUCCGCAGUGGUGCCAUGGAUGAGUCCAAGGGCCUGGUCACUCUCCACGAUGUUCUCGACGCCCAGUGGCAAAUGGACAACACCCGCGACGAGUCUUACCUUCGCAAGGUUAUCUCUCCUCUUGAGACUCUCCUGACUUCUUACAAGCGACUUGUCGUCAAGGACAGUGCUGUCAACGCUGUCUGCUAUGGUGCCAAGCUCAUGCUUCCCGGUCUUCUUCGAUACGAGUCUGCCAUUGAGCAUCAUGAGGAAGUCGUUCUUAUGACCACCAAGGGCGAAGCCAUUGCUCUAGGUAUCGCUCAGAUGUCCACUGUCGAGAUGUCCACCUGCGAUCACGGCGUCGUUGCCAAGGUCAAGCGCUGCAUCAUGGAGCGCGACCUCUACCCCCGCCGCUGGGGUCUUGGCCCUGUUGCUCUUGAGAAGAAGAAGCUCAAGGCUGACGGCAAACUCGACAAGUACGGCCGCCCUAACGAUGCCACUCCUGCCAAGUGGAGCUCCGAAUACAAGGAUUUCAGCACCAGCGAUGCCUCUGCCGCCGCCGCUGCUGCCGCUCCUGCCAAGGCCUCCGAGGCUGAGGAUACUCCUAUGGAGGAGGCUGCCACUCCCUCUUCACCUGCUGCUGACGACAGCAAGGACAAGAAGCGCAAGAAGCACGAUGGCGAGACUGCUGAAGAGAAGGCUGAGCGCAAACGAAGAAAGGCGGAGAAAAAGGCGGCAAAGGCUGCUAAGAAGGCUGCCAAGGGCGAGGCUAUGGACAGCGACAGCGACUAAUGGAAUCCAGGCCAAGUUUGGGUAUGGGCCGAAACCUGAAGGCAGAUCUUGAUACCCGAGACGUAGGGUCUGCUGGCAAGGAGUGGUCUGUUUGCUGUACCAUAUUCUUGCUCUCGUGCCGUUUUUGGCUGCUUGAAAUUGUUUUUGGGGUUAUCAUGGCGUUUUUGGUUCGAAAAUCCUGGUAGGAGUAGAUGCAAGGCACUCAAUGCAAAGCACGAUAAAACUACCGCAUGUCUCUGUGGUAACCUUCUGUCUAGGAUGUGUGAAUGUAUGAGGUUGGAUCAUGCCUAUCUGCCGUAGUUUAUGCUUGUGACCGCUGUGUGUAAGG